AUGAGUGUAUAUCAACAUCAAUCAAGUAGCAAUAGCUAGACAUAAUCCUAAAAAUAUCAGAAUAAAUCAAGGCAGGUUGAGGCGGAAGAUUAAAUAGUUAAAUAUACAGUGAGAUAGGAUUUUUUAAAUCUUCUUACCAUUGCUGCUGAUUAUCAAGCUGGCUUAAAUUAUUCAGGAAACAAGAAAAACAUGGAAUAAAUUCUCAUUAUGUUGCAAAACAAAUUAAUAUUGCAGGUCAACCUUUCAAGUUCAAUUCAUUAAGAUUAAUAAUAAUAAUGUAAAAACUCACCUCAACUGAAUGCAACAUUAAUGAAAGAAAAAGGUAAAGUAAAGGAAUUUCUAAAAAUUAUAAUUAAUGAAUAAAAAUUUGCUCCUUAAAUUGAAAAAUAUCUCGAAUGUUACUUGAAUAAGUGUUUAAAUGAAUACCCUAUAUUAGUAAAUGAACCAUUAAAUCCUGUUAAACAUAAGGCUGAAUUCAAUUAAGAUACUCUUUAAAAAGUCUUAUGCUCUAUUAAUUAAACUGAUUAAAACUACAGUGAUAUUUACAGCGGGAAAGUUUAAGCAAAAGAAUUAUCAUAGAGUGAUAUUGAUAAGCGUAUACAGGAAAGAAUAAAUACUGUCAAUCGUAAAUUGGAAGGCUCUCAAGAGAGAGGAUGCAAUUGGUGCUAAUUAAUCUGAAUAAAGAAAUAAUGAAAAUGUUUUUAUUAUACACGCUUUUUUUGAUAAAUUAUUCUAUUAUAAAAGAA